AUGAAGAAACAUGCUCUUAAACAUGUUCUUAUUGCUUGUUGCAGUAGAAUUUCACCGCUAUCUAUUUUUAUGCUCUGUGAUUUUGGAUUUGCACGUGCGAUGUCCACGAACACAGUUGUUUUGCGAUCUAUAAAAGGCACUCCGUUAUACAUGGCUCCAGAGCUUGUACGGGAACAACCUUACAACCACACUGUAGAUUUAUGGUCUCUUGGUGUUAUAUUGUAUGAGUUAUUUGUUGGCCAACCUCCAUUUUACACAAAUUCUGUAUAUGCUCUCAUCAGACACAUUGUUAAGGAUCCGGUUAAAUAUCCAGAUCGCAUGAGUCCAAAUUUCAAAAGCUUUUUAAAGGGGUUGCUUAACAAGGCACCAGAAAGUCGACUAACUUGGCCUGCUCUUCUUGAACACCCAUUUGUCAAAGAAACCUCCGAUGAGCUUGAGGCCAGGGAAUUGCGUGAUAUAUCUUGUUCACCUGGGGACAGUGAUGCAGCACGGAGGAUUGAGGGAAAAACCAUUCAAACACCAACAGGUUCAGCCACUUCUAGUACUUCAAGAUGA